GCUGUCAUCUCCAUUUAGGGUUUAAGACCACGAAAAAUAACUACCGGCGGCGAUGGGGAAUCCGAAGCAGAAGUGGACGUCGGAGGAAGAAGAAGCCCUACGUGCCGGCGUCGCAAAACACGGUACCGGCAAGUGGAAGAACAUUCAGAAAGAUCCCGAGUUCAACCACUUCCUAUAUUCUCGCUCCAAUAUCGAUCUCAAGGAUAAAUGGCGGAAUAUGAGUGUAAGUGCAAAUGGUCAAGGUCCAAGGGAAAAAUCAAGAACACCAAAACCAAAAGUCAACACAGAUUCUCCUGCUACUCCAUUGCCCAUUGCACAGGCUCCUGGUUCCUCAGCUCUAGUUGUAGUUGAUCCAGCAUCUACAGAUGUGCUUAUGGAUGAUUCUUCACAAUGUGUACUAGAUGGGAAGACCACUUCAAAGUACAAUGCAAUGAUCUAUGAAGCACUAUCAACCCUGAAGGAUCCAAAUGGAUCGGAUAUUAGUGCAAUCGUUAGUUUUAUUGAGAAAAGGCACGAGGUGCCUCAAAAUUUUAGGAGGUUACUAGGUUCAAGAUUAAGAAGGCUUGUUGCACAAGAGAAACUUGAAAAGGUCCAGAACUGCUAUCGACUACGAAGGGAGGUAUUGUAUGGAACCAAGGGACCGAUCCCGAAACCAAAAGAGAUCCGGCCUAGACUAUCUCAGGUCAACAGUUAUCUUGGCGGAACGUUAGAAGAAGCAGCAGUUGCUGCCGCGUAUAAAGUUGCAGAAGCGGAAAACAAGUCGUUUGUAGCAGCAGAAGCCGUCAAAGAGGCAGAACGGGUGGCGAAGAUGGCGGAAGAGGCCGACGCUUUUCUACAGUUGGCUAAAGAGAUUUACGACAAAUGUUGUCGUGGUGAAGUGGUGAUGGUGGCGUAGCUUAGCAAGCACAAAUGGGAUCUUAUGGUGAUUCUAAUAAUAAACAUUGGUGAAAAUGUUUAUGAUUAGUUAGCCUCUCUCUCUCUCUCUCUCUAUAUAUAUAUAUAUAU